AUGGAAAUCUGCGUGGGAAAACGAAGUUUUGUCAAUGGGAUCAUACUUGUGCUGAUGUUGAUUCUCAUACUGCUGUGUCAUUCUGUAUGCAAGACACAUUCCAUUAAUUGCAGCAUAUAUGAUCCCCUUCCUGUUCCUCAUGAAUAUUACCAACCAGGAGACCUUGUCAUCGGUGAGAUUGUUUCUCAAGUUGUCAUCAUGUCUGAUAAACUCACUUUCACAAAACCACCUACAGAGACCUUGAUUGAUGAACCUGUUUCACUGCCAAAGAACUACCAGCACGUUCUGGCCUUAGCAUUUGCUGUCAAAGAAAUCAACGAGAAUCCCAACAUCUUAUCCAAUAUCUCUCUGGGGUUUCGCAUCCUUAAUAGCUACUACACGGCAAAGAUGACCUAUAAGGCUACCCUGAGCCUGCUUUCUGUGCAACAGACCUUUGUCCCCAACUUUAAGUGUCAUACCCAGAACAAUCUGAUAGCUCUCAUUGGGGGAUGUAUCUCUGAAGUCUCUGCCAAUAUGGCCAUUGUUUCAGCCAUUCACAAGACUCCACAGCUCACUUAUGGAUCAUUUCUGCCAGUCCAAGGCACCAAAAGGCUCUUCCCAUUUUUGUACCAGAUGGUCCCCAGUGAAUCCCACCAGCACAAAGGACUUGUGCAGUUACUUCAGCAUUUCAAAUGGACAUGGAUUGGGCUCUUGGCUGUAGAUGAUGACAAAGGGGACAGGUUUUUACAGACCAUUGUACCGUUGCUUUCCCAGAAUUAUGUCUGUUAUGACUUCAUAGUAAGAAUCCCAAAAUGGGGUUUUGUGGAUGAGCUGCUAGAACUGGGGUUUGAAAGUCUGAAGAGCUUUAUCAUUGCCUUCGGGAGAAAAGCCAAUGUAGUAUUUAUUUAUGGAGAACCUCCUUCCUUUAUGAUUUUGAGAAUUAUGCUAUUGACAGCACCAUACUAUUCAUCGCCAAUUCAAGGCAGAGUCUGGCUUGUUACAUCCCACUGGGAUUUUGCAUCACAAUCUCUUCAGAAACAGCUGGAUAUACAAACCUUUCAUGGCUCCAUGACCUUCACUGUUCACUCAAACCAGCUGGUAGGAUUUCACGACUUCAUUCAGAUGAUAAGACCUUCCUGGGCCCAAAGAGAUGGUUUUAUUGAGGACUUCUGGGAACAAUCCUUCAGCUGUUCAUUAAAAAUGUCUAAAGGACAGAAAGAAGAGAAGGAGGAAAGCUGUACUGGUGAGGAGAAGUUGGAAAGCAUUCCUGGACUUCUAUUUGAAAUGAAAAUGACAGGCCACAGCUACAGUGUCUGCAAUGCAGUCUAUGCUGUGGCACAUGCUUUGAAUGCCAUGUACAAAUCCCACUCUAAACACAGACGGCAGGGAGGAGACAGGCUGGCAUUUCAGAAUAUAGAGUCAUGGCAGGUGCAUCCAUUUCUAAAGGAUAUAGCAAUCAAUAAUAGUGCUGGAGACACUGUGCGCUUUGAUGAAAAUGGUGAGCAAGUUACUGGCUUUGAUGUUACAAACUGGUUGAUGUUCGCCAAUGGAUCACUGGUUCGAGUCAAAGUCGGAAGACUGGAACCACAGGCUCCUCUGGGCAAAGAAUUAACCAUUCAUGAUGACCGAAUUGUUUGGCAUCCAAGCUUUAAUCAGGUGCUGCCUGUUUCAUUGUGUAAUGACUACUGCCAUCCUGGCUACAGCAAGAAAAAGAAGGAGGGAGAGAAGUUUUGCUGCUAUGAUUGUGUUUUGUGUCCAGAAGGGACAGUCUCUCUCCAGAAAGAUAUGGAUGCUUGUACCAAAUGUCCCGAAGACCAGUAUCCCAGCAAGGACCACAGUCAAUGCAUCCCAAAAGUUCUAUGCUUCCUUUCUUACACAGAAAACCUAGGGAUUAUCCUGGUUACUUUGGCCAUUUUUUUCUCUUUCAUCACAAUGCUAGUGCUGAGAAGUUUUAUGAAACACAGGGACACACCCAUAGCCAAGGCCAAUAACCAGACCCUCACUUACAGCCUCCUCAUUUCCCUUCUUCUUUGCUUCCUCUCCACUUUGCUCUUCAUUGGGCAGCCAGGAGAAGAGACCUGCCUUCUACGCCAAAUGGUCUUUGGCAUCGUCUUCUCUGUGGCUCUUUCUUGUGUCUUGGCAAAAACCGUAACCGUGGUUCUGGCAUUCAUGGCAACCAAACCAGGAUCUGGGAUGAGGAAAUGGGUGGGGAAAAGACUGGCAAAAUCAAUUGUCCUCAUCUGCACCUUCAUUCAAGCUGGCAUUUGUAUCCUGUGGUUAAGUACUUCCCCUCCAUUCCCAGGUUCGGACAUGCACUCAUUGAAUGGGGAAAUCAUCUUGGAAUGUAAUGAGGGUUCAGCUACCAUGUUUUACUGUGUCUUGGGCUAUAUGGGCUCCCUGGCCGUAAUCAGCUUCAUUGUGGCUUUUUCAGCCAGGAAAUUACCUGACAGUUUCAAUGAGGCCAAGUUUAUCACUUUCAGUAUGUUGGUGUUUUGCAGUGUUUGGUUGUCCUUUGUUCCAACCUACAUGAGCACCAAAGGGAAAUACAUGGUGGCUGUGGAGAUCUUCUCCAUUUUAUGCUCCAGUGCUGGAUUACUGGGUUGCAUCUUUUUUCCUAAAUGCUACAUAAUUUUAUUCAGGCCUGAUCUGAACAGUAGAGAGCAAAUAAUGGCCAGAAAAAGUGAGAGGAUGUAA